AUGAAUUAAUUUGCCAAUUACAUGUAAUGCUAGACUAAAAGAGUAGUCCCCACUUAUCAACAAUAAUGCUACAGUAGGUCACCUCAAGGAAGAAAAUGUGUAGUAGUGAAUCAGCAAUUCAGUCCAAAUGAAUAGAAAUACAUGAAAUAAUUCAAGUGCAUCGAUCAAUAUAAGUACUAGCAACCAAAAGCUAUCAUAUAUCCACAGAAAAGAAUGUCACCCACCAAUCAAUCACCUCUCAUAGCUACUAAAGUAAGGGUUUAAGACAAAGAAAAUAAUAAUCAUUAUUAUAAUGCCAACAUUAUCUUCCAACCAUGCAAAACUCCAAGAAAUCCUUAGAGUCAAUAGUUGUUUUCACAAUAGAACUCCCCUAAUAUUAAAUAACCCACUCCAUAAUUUGAAAAUCGUUAUGACUACGAGGACAAAAACCAAGAAUUCAGAUUAUCAACUUCUGAAAUCAAUUUCAGAUUCGUGGAUUCAGAAAAGCAGACCUCAGAUGAAUAGGAUCUUAAAAAUAUAGCGAAUUAAUUUAAUAAAAUUGAGAUUGGCAAAAAAGAACCAGAAAUGUCUCCAAAAUCAAUUAAAUCUGAUGAAUUUUUAGUAUAGAUGGAUUCAGUAAAGAAAUCUGAUUAAUCGAACAAUAAUACAAAGAAUAUUGCUAUCUAAGCCUUUGAAAGUACUUAAUUUGAGAAACCUGAGGAAUAGUUAGGUAGAAUAUUUGGAUCUUUGAAGAAAGUUAAGAUCAUAAAAAAGAAAUAAACUCAACCUACUCUACAGACAUAAGUUACUCAAAGAACAAUGGAAGACGAUAGUAUGAUGAAAAUAGAUACCCAAUAAGACUAACAAGCAAAAACAAUAGGUGGAUUAUCAAAUAUAGAAUUUUAGAGUGAAAAACUAUAAACAGAAUUCACUGAUCUUGACUCACAUAGAACUAGAAAUCCUUAAAUAGAAGAACCUGAUUAGUUUACUAAUUUUAGAUAAAACAUCUCAACUCCAAAAUAAUUAACUCAAAAUAAUAUUAGUUUUCUGAUGUACAAAAAGCAAUUUGAGAAAAAAUGA